UGAUUGGUGCGGGACUUUACUCGCGAUAACUCCAUACAGUGGAAGGGUUUAUUGUUCCUCUUCGUUUAGUCGAUUUUUUCGUAUCCUCAGAUUCCGUACUUCAAAUAAUCAGGCGGUGAAAUGGCUGGCGGGAAAGCAGGAAAAGACAGUGGCAAGGCCAAGGCGAAAGCCGUUUCACGCUCACAGAGGGCUGGACUGCAGUUUCCCGUGGGGCGUAUCCACAGGCAUUUGAAGACCCGCACCACAAGUCAUGGGCGCGUUGGAGCCACGGCCGCUGUGUACAGUGCAGCCAUCCUUGAAUAUCUCACAGCAGAAGUGCUUGAGUUGGCGGGUAACGCCUCUAAAGACCUGAAGGUGAAGCGUAUCACCCCACGCCACUUGCAGCUGGCCAUUCGUGGAGAUGAGGAGUUGGACUCCCUCAUCAAGGCCACUAUUGCUGGCGGUGGUGUGAUUCCUCACAUCCACAAGUCCCUGAUUGGCAAGAAGGGCCAGCAGAAGACUGCCUAAGAACAUGCCGAUCCAGAUUGUUAAGCUCUCCUCUUCGGACUGUGACCAGACCAGUUGAUGUUCCUUCUCUCCUAUUUUUUUGUUUUUUUGUUUUAAAUUAAUUAAUAUUAUGGCUAACUAUGAGUGUUAGAUUUUGUGUCAUUGUUUUAUUUUCCCAAAUUAGGAUGGGGAAUGAGCAUCCCUUUGAAAUUGUAUGUUACUUUAGAUUUGACGGGGUAUCUUUGUGGCAGUGCAUUUAUUUUGAUUGGCCUGGCAUUUGAAAGUGUUUUAUACUGAACAAAGAAAGUGUUAAAGCCAUUUUAUACAAAACUAAA